CAUGGAUUCAGCCAGAGAGCGCUUCGACGAGAGCAGUAAAGGAUUCAUCAUUGUAACUUCUAAUAAAACAUGGCGAGCAGCUCAGAUCUUCUGCAGACAGCAUCAUACUGAUCUGACCAGUGUGAGGAAUCAGAUUGAGAAUCGACAGAUUCAGAAGAUCAUGAAUGACAAAAACAUAUCUGAAGUCUGGAUUGGUCUGUUCAGAGACUCAUGGGAGUGGUCAGAUGAGAGCGACUCCACAUUCAGAUAUUGGUUUUCUGGUCAACCUGAUAAUUAUGGUGCUUCUCAAGAUUGUACAGCAGCUAGAAUGACAGUGCAGGGUCAAUGGCAUGACUUAAGUUGCAGUUCCUUGCAGACCUUUGUGUGUCAUGAAGAUAAUCUGAUAUUGAUCCAGAUGAAUCUGAGCUGGUCUGAAGCUCUGAGAUACUGCAGAGAGAAUCAUGUGGAUCUGGUUUCAGUUGAUUCAGAUGAGAUUCAGUUCAUGGUGACUAAAGUGAUCCAUCAGUCCUCUACUGACACUGUGUGGAUGGGGUUACACUAUUACUGCCAAAUGAACCUCUGGAUCUGGAUACGUGGAGAGGCCGUGUGCUAUCAGAAUUGGGCUCCAGGGAACCGAGCAGGACUGAUGAACUGCAACACUGAACACAGAGCUGGAGCAGUUCAGUCUGGAGGAGAUCAUCGCUGGAUCAGCCUUCCUCAAUCUCACAAACUCAACUUCAUCUGCAUCAGAAAAUAAUCAAAUCAUUUGUGUCUAUUACUGCUUUUUAUUCUUUGUUAAUCUUCUGGUUUUUAAGUUAGUUUUAUUUUGUUAUUUAGAAGUAGGGUUCAUUAUAAACAUAUUGCAGAUUAAAAACAACAUUAUGCCUUAGUUUAGAAUCAUUUCAUUUAUACAAAAAAAUAUAUUUCCUUAUGUUUCUAUAAUAACUGCUGAAUUAUGUGAAAUGAAUGUGUUAGUAAUAUUUUGGGAGUGG